CUUUGACACUUUUAGUGGCGCGAAGCGGGAAUUUCUGUUUCAUUUAUUUUGAGUUUUAUAUUUGUGGUUAAAUAUUUAAAGUCAUGAGUCACAAAAGGAAGAACAGUGAAUCUCCCGGCACUAGUCCCACUAAGAGGAACAAAGAUGAAAAUGUUGAGAGACCCAAAGUGGCUUCCAUUGAUCCCAAAGUGGACAAACUGGUCUUUCAACAGAUGGAAUUGGACCAUUAUAUUGGUAAUGUGUUUCCAGGUAUGCCAGGAGCGCAAAGUGGACCUGUACCAGUCAUGAGAUGUUUCGGCAUAACACCAGAUCAGAACAGUGUUUGCUGCCAUGUGCAUGGAUUCAGUCCAUACUUAUUUGUGUCUUUACCUGACAAUUUCACUACAGCUGAUUUGCAACCAUUUAAAAAUAAAUUGAACCAAGUUGUUCUAGCAGAUAUAAAAUCCAACAAGGAAAACUUAUCAGAGGCUGUGUUGAUGGUUGAAAUAGUCCAAGGGAAAUCAUUGGUGGAGUAUCAGGGAGAUGAAUAUAAGAGUUUUGCCAAGAUCACAGUGGCUUUGCCUAAGCUUGUUGCGGCCACCAAAAGAUUACUGGAAACUACGACAGUGUAUCAACCAGCAGCGCAUCAUAAUUUCGUACCUUACGAAUCGAACGUUGAUAUUGAGAUGAGGUUUUUAAUAGAUGUGAAGAUUUUGGGCUGCUCCUGGAUCGAAUUACCUCCAGGAAAAUGGUUCAGAAGAUCAGCAAAAACUACGUUCCCAGUAACAUCUAGAUGUCAGCUGGAGGUGGACGUAGCCUGGUCCGAUUUGAUCGCACAUGCACCCGAAGGGGAAUGGUCCUCUGUGGCACCCUUUAGACUUCACAGCUUCGAUAUAGAAUGCGCCGGUCGCAAAGGUAUAUUUCCGGAACCGGAAGUGGAUCCGGUCAUCCAAAUCGCAAAUGUGGUCCAUCUGCAUGGAAGACACGAUACGCCGGUCGUGUGCAACAUCUUUACUUUGAAUACUUGCGCUCCGAUAGGUCACGCAGUUGUUCACAGCUACAAAACGGAGGCCGAAAUGCUGAUGGCCUGGUCUGAUUUUGUGCGUAAACUAGACCCCGACAUUCUGACCGGCUACAAUAUAAUCGAUUUCGAUAUACCUUACUUGAUCAAUCGGGCGAACCACUUGAAGCUUAAGAACUUCGGCUUCAUGGGUCGAAUUCCCACUAUCAAGUCUAUCACUAAAGAAACCUCAACGCAGACGAAGAUAGGUCGUAGGGUUGUGAAACAAACGAACUUCGAGGGAAGAGUUACUUAUGAUAUGUUGAGCGUGAUCAGGCGCGACUUCAAAUUACGUUCGUAUUCCCUCAACAAUGUGUCCAAUGAAAUUUUGGGCGAACAGAAGGAGGACGUGCAUUACAGUAUAAUCACAGAUUUGCAGAACGGCGAUGAGCAAACCAGAAGGAGGCUUGCUGUUUACUGCAUAAAAGACGCAGAUUUGCCGUUGAAGCUUUUGAAUCACGUUAAAAGCUUCACCAACGAUAUAGAGAUGUCCCGUGUGACGGGAGUACCUAUCACCAUCCUGUUGACCAAGGGAGAACAAUCCAAAGUCGUAGCGCAACUUUUGAGACACGCUAGACAACAUGAUUAUUUUAUGCCCGUACAUCGCGGUGCUCCGAGUUCCGAGCAAUACGAGGGAGCCACGGUCAUCGAGCCCAUUCGAGGUUAUUACACGGAUCCAAUUGCUACAUUGGAUUUUAGCUCUCUAUAUCCCAGUAUUAUGAUUGCACAUAAUCUUUGCUACACGACGUUGCUCAAGCCCCAAAUGAAGGAGAAACUAAACUUGACGACUGAGAAGGUAUCCACCACGCCUUUGAACUGCAUGUUCGUGAAAUCUAGUGUGCGGAAAGGGUUGUUACCACACAUCUUGGAGCAUCUUCUUGCAGCCCGCAAACGCACCAAAGCUGAGCUCAAGGAAACCACGGAUCCUUCCAUGAGAGCUGUGCUGGAUGGUAGACAGUUAGCUUACAAAAUAUCCGCCAACUCCGUGUAUGGAUUCACCGGGGCGCAGCAGGGGAAAUUACCGUGCCUGGAAAUAUCCGGUAGUGUAACAUCUUACGGUAGGACUAUGAUAGAGCAGACGAGACAGGAAGUAGAGCAGAGGUAUUGCGUGGCCAAUGGAUACAAGCACGACGCGAAGGUCAUCUAUGGAGACACCGAUUCGGUGAUGGUUAACUUCCAGGUGAAGACGCUAGAGGAGAGCAUGGACCUGGGAAGGGAGGCGGCCGAAUACAUCAGCGCGAAGUUCAUUAAACCCAUAAAGUUGGAAUUCGAAAAGGUUUACUUCCCGUAUCUGCUCAUUCAGAAGAAGCGAUACGCAGGACUUUACUUCACCAGAACCGAUACAUACGAUAAGAUGGACUGCAAAGGGCUGGAAACCGUGCGUCGUGACAACUGCACAUUAGUGGUGGACGUGAUCAACACAUGUCUUCAGAAGCUCUUGAUAGACCGAGACCCAGAUGGCGCAUCCGCUUACGCAAAGAAGGUUAUCUCGGAUCUGCUACAAAACAAUGUGGAUAUAUCCCAGCUAGUUAUUACCAAAGAACUCUCGAAAGAAGAGUACGCAAAUAAGCAACCGCAUGUCGAAUUAGCUUCGAAAAUAGCCAAAAGAGAUCCGGGAAAGGCGCCAAAGCUAGGUGACAGAAUCCCUUAUGUCUUCAUAGCCUCCUCGAAAAACGCCAAAGCCUACGAAAAAGCAGAAGAUCCCAUCUACGUGCUAGAAAACAACAUACCGAUCGACGUCAAAUACUAUUUGGAGAAUCAACUUUCGAAACCUCUGGUGCGCAUCUUCCAGCCGAUCUUGGGGGAUAGUGCCGAGUCCAUCCUGCUGCGAGGAUCUCACACUCUGAAGAAAACUGUUGUCACCUCGAAAGUGGGAGCACUGGCGGCGUUCACAAAGAAAAAGGAGACUUGUCUAGGGUGUAAAUCCGUUCUAGCUUCCGGACAGGAAAACGAAGCUCUAUGCAAAUAUUGCAAGCACAAGGAGCCGGUUCUAUAUCAACAGGAGCUGAGCCAUCACAGGCAGCUGGAGGAUAGGUUUUCGGUUCUAUAUACCGAAUGCCAGAGGUGUCAGGGUUCUUUGCACGAAGAGGUGUUGUGCACGAGUCGAGAUUGCCCGAUCUUCUACAUCAGGAAAAAAGUGCAGAUGGAGCUAGAGCGAAGCACUGCAAAGAUCAACCGUUUCGGCUCUUCUUUGGUUGAAGAGGAAGACGAAGAUUUAUUCUAAGAUCUGUUGUUGAAUUUAAAAAUUACUGAUUUUAUACAAAAAAAGAUGU